AACGUGAUUCAAUUUCCGCCCAAUCUCUCUUUCUCUGGCUGCAACCAUGUGGUGUGGUCGGUGUGCUGCGCUUAUCGGCUUGGAAGUUUCUCUCCCUACUUGACCAAACCUGGGGAAAAUAACCUUGGAAUGAAGAUGUACACAUAUGUCUGCUGGCGGUGUAGGUCCUCAGGCUAGAGCUGGCCAUGAGUCUGAAGCUAAACCACAAGAACACAUUUGCUUCUGGAAAAAGGGCCUCUCUGUUCUGACUACAUUUUUAUUUUAACAGACGCUAGCAAGACUUAAAACCUCUGAAGACUCGAUCCGUCCAGCAAAUGCAUCAAGAUCUUGCUUAAGAUGGGUGUGUGAGGCUUGGGAGAUGCUCUGCGGUUUAUUUUUUUUCUUUGGUCUAAAUGUAAGUUCAAUGAAUAAGACUCACCUGGUACAAGAAACCGCCAUCUUUACAUUGUACAUGUGAACUUUAUAUAUGCAAUAAUGGUUAUUUAAAUUAUACUGAAAUUAAGCAUAUGUAGUUUAGUUACUGGUGUUGCAAAAGUUUGUAUUGCUUGGUUACAAUUUUGAGUGAUGUGGAUCAUGAAUAGUAUUAAAGAUGUACAAUAUUAACAUCGUCUCUUUACUGUGCUGGUAUAAUGGUGGUAAAGACAAACUGCCUAUAAGCAAAAAAAUGAAGGCAUUAAACUGAACUGUUGGACAAAUUUGAAAUAAAAAGGGGGACCGUAUUGUCUGACUGGAUGCUUAUACCGUGCAAUUCGUCUGUCAAGGUAGUAAAGCUGUGGUUAAUCCAAAUAUUGCCUGUAGCCUGUUUGUGUGAAACCAUCAAGCUCGGUCCGAUAAACUUGUUGGGUCAAGAUGCACGAUUUGCACGCAGCCUAUACGCGUCAUAGAUUCAUGGUUUGAAGUGCCAGAGUUUGCCAAGAGAAAAGGGGGCAGGUCUGAAAUGGAGGUGGAGUUUUUCCUUCAACUUAACUUGGAAGACCCAAGAUUUUUCCUCUAGGCGAGAGAAGGAUACUACUGGACAGUUCUAAAGAGUAUUAAAACCAAAGCUCUGAGUGAGGGAAGCCUUGUCCCUUGGAGCCCAGUGCAAUGGCCAAAUACCUGCGAUUUUUCACUGCUGUGGGUGACCAGCAGCAGGUUCAGUGGGAUGAUGAGGAGCUGCAUACGGCCAGUGAAGAACUGAGUCCAGCCACGGGACAGUUCCCUUCAGCUCUGACCUUCAGAGAAUCUCUGAAGAGGCUCUACAGCUCUGAACGCUUCCAGGUUGCAGUUGUAUGUUUGGUCAUACUUGAUGCCAUAUUUGUACUGGCUGAGCUCUUGAUUGAUUUGUCUAUUAUUGAGGUGGAACAUGGACACAUUGCUCCUGAGAUCUUUCACUAUCUGAGCCUGGCUCUUCUGACCUUCUUCGUGGUGGAGCUGAUGGGAAAGCUCUUCGCCUACCGCCUGGAGUUCUUCCAGCACAAAUUUGAGGUGUUUGAUGGACUGGUGGUAGUUGUCUCAUUUGUGCUGGACAUUGUCUUCAUCUUCAGAGAGGAUGCGUUUGAUGCCAUGGGCCUACUCAUCCUGCUUCGACUCUGGAGAGUGGCCAGAAUAAUCAAUGGUAUUCUGGUGUCAGUGAAAACUCGAGCAGACCAGAGGCUCCACAAACUGAAGGAGAGCUAUGACCACCUCGUCCAGAGAGUCACAGAGCUACAAGCACGCACUGAUAAACUGGAACAAGAAAAUCAGAAACUUCAAGCCCUCCUGAAAAAACACAACAUAGAUUUGUAGAUGAAGAAUAUUUUUGAAGUCACUACUGUUAUUGAGUUUUAUAGACUUGAUUCUUAGCACAUGACAAUGAGAAAUAACAAGUUUCAGUGUUUUGUGAAAUCAAAUUUCAGUGAAAUUAUUUUUCUAUUAUUUUGUCAGACACAAUUGUGACUGAUGUUAAAUCAAGAUUAAAUUGAAUGUUGGUGUAUCAGUUA